AUGACAGACACGAGCACCGACUCUGACACGGCUCUCAAUGGUGAGGCACAGCAUGCGACCGGAAGCUUGAGCCUUCCUCCCGAAAUCUGGCAACGCAUUAUGGACCUGCUUCUGCCAUCGGUCCGGGCCGAACACACCGUCCACUCGAUCGAGGGCUUCCCGGUCUUCAACCAUCGCAAGCAAUGCAUUGGUACCAGCUACCGCGAUCUGUUAGCGCUAUCUUUAAGCUGCAAGCAGCUCUACCCUUUGGCUACGCAGGCGCUCUAUCGAAUCGUCUCCCUGGGCACGGGUCGGCAGGUGAGCCGCUUGGCCAGAAGCGUUUCCGAGAAGAACGGCGGCAACAACAACGACAACGACAGCGGCGGCGAGGGGUACGCGCCAAAGUCAGGCCAGCUCGCACAUCGGAUCCGCGCACUCCACAUCCGAUGUGAGCUCACCUCCAACACCGAGGGGUCUCCCAUGCGCUCCACGAAGGUCAAGCGGGCUCGCGCAUCUGAUGUCGGCGUCCUGCUCGCCCACACCGAUCAUGUGCGGUACCUAUCGCUCGACUGCGUAGAUGGUCGGAAAGGCAGGUACGACGCUGGCGAGAAUGCUCAAGAUGCUGAGGAUCAUGCUGAAGACUUCGGAUCGGACGAAUUGGAAAUUUUUUAUGAAGACGACGCCGACUUCUACAGCGACUGGUACGAUGAUGAAGGAGAACAUCGCGACGAGCAUGACGAAGAGCAGCAUCCGCUGAUCCACCUCCUCUCGAAAAAGACGACCUGCCGCCCGCGUGGUUUAAGAUACAAUAUUCAAGAAGCCCUCCCAAAUGCAGUGCUAGCCAGAGCGACGUCGUUCGCACCGCUCUCCCAGCUAACGCAUCUCGAGCUGGUCCGAAAACUACCACCACAGGAUUUGAUCGGCUUCGUGCUAGGCGCCCCCCACUUGGCCACCUCACAACCCAAUGUGGUAGAGGCCAUCGCUGCAGGACUCUCGCCGCAUGACAAACUGGAAUGCCUCCGCUUCUCCGGUGGCCUUGGAAUGCCAAUGGUCCAUGACUUCGCAGAAUACGCUGCCGUGCGCCAACAGGCCGGUCUCCAAGAUUGGCAGUUCUGCCACGACGCGCAGCAUCUCGAGCUCAUGUACACCUUGGCCACCCACUCAACACGCCUGCCCAAGCUGAGGCUAGUGGUCCUCGAAGUGAGGGCCGGCGUGGUCGAAAUUCCGCUGGAGCUCCUGAAGCAACUCAAGCGCACGCGGGUGCUCAAGAAAGCGUACAGAGAGUUUCCCCCGCUGGCAGACGGGUCCAACAAGUACGGCGACAGCUCCUUGGCGUCCGUGUUCAGCGCGAGCAUCCGCGACACAGUGUCGGGCAACUGCUCGCUCGAUGCUGGCAGCCUACAGUCCGGCAUCAACGCGAUCGACCCGUACUGGCAGGAACAUUUCCGAGAAAUGGAUGAAUGCUGGCGGAAAAUGCACGAGGGCAAGCACGUCCUGCAGAGGCUGUGGAACGACUCACGCAUACGCGCUGGACUGCUGCCCACCGAGAUCCGCCUGGUGGUAGCGGACCGACACUGGGAAGAGUCGGAAUGCCAGUUUCGCUGCCAGGCUGACGGCUUUGACAAAAUGGACCGCGACGCAGCUCCCACCACGGCGUCCGCAGAUGUCGGGGUCUGGGCGGAUCCGGACGUGUUCUCGCUCGUGCGAACCAAGCCUUGGCUCUCGUACCAUCAGCUCCCCAGGUACGGGUGUUGCUCCUGGUCCGGCAUGCUGCCGCGGGACAACAAUCCGAACGCGAUCCCGCCCGAUGCAGGCGGUGAGGCAAGACGCAUCAUCGUGCCCCCGAUUGUCAAGCUGGAACGCGUACCGCGCGAAGAGGAGUCAAGAGAGCGUCACACAAGCGAACAGGUGCCAAGCGCUUCGAAUGAACAAGGCGGCGCCCAAGCCGCAUUGAAGCGACAACGAACCGAAUCAGAGUCGGCCACGACGCAAGAAGCGGGACCGGCUAGCAUCUGA